AUGGCUUCCCUUCGUAUGCCCCGACGGGCCCUUCUCUCCCUGAAAUCCGUCCGUUUUCCAUCAUCGACCCCGACGUCAACUUCCGCAUCUACCCACCUCCGCCCCUCCCUGCCCUCCCACGCCAGCGCCAGAAAACAACCACCUCACAUCCGCCCAUACCACUCAACCCUCCACCCCCGCCUCCCAGAUCAUACCUACAACAACAGCCAAACAGCAAUCCUAACCGCCUCCCUCGCCCACAUCCCGACCCACGGCUUCUCCGCCGAAUCCCUCGUCCUCGGCGCCCGCGACGCAGGCUUCCUCGAUGUCUCCGUGCAGCUCUUCCCGCGCGCCGAAUUCGACCUCGUCCUGUUCUGGCUCGCUAGUCGACGCGGUUUGCUUCGCGCAAAGGUCGAAGAAGGCGCGCUCUUCCGUCGCGUUGCCGAUCAGACCGGGAGAGAUGUGUCUUCCUUGGACGUUGAAGAGAAAUGUCGGAUUUUGGUGAUGGAGAGAUUGAGAAUGAAUCAGGAUAUUAAAGAGCAGUGGUCGGGUGCCCUUGCGCAAAUGUCUCUUCUUGGCAAUAUUCCCCUCUCUCUUACUGAGCUUCACGCCCUUUCAAACGAUAUUCUCUGUCUAGCUGGUGACCCCGCCGUCGAUGGAUCUUGGUACUCGCGCCGGUUGGGGGUAUCUGCCAUCUAUGCGUCGGCCGAGAUGGUUAUGACGCGUGAUCCGACGCCGGAACUGAGUGAGACUGAGGCGUUUGUGAACCGUCGAUUUGAGGAUAAACUUGCUCUGAAGCAAAAGGUUGAGGGGGUGAGUCAGUGUGUUAGUUUCGUGGGAAACACGGCUGUGGGCGUGGGAAGGUCUUGGGGCUUAAAGAUUUAA